GCGUACGGUAGCGUAGAGUAAUGGCGUCGUCUGUAGACAGUGUUGAUUCUCGAGAUCUUCAGGUUGACGACUUGAAUAUCACUUCUGCUCUGAUGACCGGCGCUGCUUUGCACUAUGGAGAGUACUGUCGCUCAAAAAACGACAGAUUCAUGGCUUGUCGAUUUGAAUCCAAGGAUCCGCGAAAGUGUCUAGAGGAAGGACGUGAAGUCACUCAGUGUGGCAUGAAAUUCUUCUCAUUGCUGAAAGAUCAUUGCAAUGAAGACUUCACUACCUAUUGGACAUGUCUAGAUAACAACAACCACGAAUUAAAAAGAUGCCGCAAACCUCAGCAAAAAUUCGACGCAUGCGUGCUACAGAAACUUAAUCUAGAAAGGCCAAAAAUCAGCUGAGCUCUCGAGGGAACAUAAACGAGCGAUCGUAGACUGUGUACAUUGUGUUGUAUGUAAGCAACAUGUAGAUUCUAAAUAUUGGUAACUUGUAGAAUCAUGUGUGGACUAUCUUGU